UCGGCGCUCCGUCCUCGUACCAGCAGGAGAGAAAACGAAGACGGCGAGCGCUUUGCGUCACGUGCCCGCGGACGAGGCCGGAGCGCCAAGGAAGGAACGCGCCGCCGCCGCACACGCGUCCGUCCGCCCGGCGGCUCGCCCGUCCACCUCGUAUCGCCUUCCGCUGCCAUCUCGUUCUCGUACCUGCCGUGACACACGAGCCCACGCGCGCAUCCGGCCGACCCUUCCUAACAGACGGCCAGGUUUAGACGGGCGAGCCAGCGUUCCCGCCCGGCGAAAGAUCUUUCUGCCCCGGAGGCCGGAAGGAAGUUUGCGCACGAAGUUGCAGGUUCAGACAACCUUUCCUCCUUCCUCCCAUCGCUCUCUCUAGCUACUCCGACGAGCGGUAGGUACAUACAGCGACUCUUCGUUCCUGUCGUUUCUCGCGCCAUAUGACCACUACGCUGCUUAACCAGGCAUCGUUUCAGAGUUUGUACUACGAGAUACCAGCACGAUGCCGCCGCGGCACGGAAAAAGUACGCGCGCGCGGGCACUAACACGUCAACGGAGCCCUGGGCACCGUUGGUGCGGUUCGGCGCCGCGACAAAGCUUCUCCAGCCACAGGAACGAGACGCCCGCCAUUGGAAUCGUCCGCUCUUGAUCUUCCACACGCCCAGCUCCUUCACCGCCACGGUUCAUUCGCCCCGUCUAUUCUUGGAACCUUCCCCGCCUUCUAGUUGCUGCACAUGUUCCAUGUCAUUCCUCUGAGUAUUUAUACGGCCUCGUGGUUCGACAGGUCCUCUGCAACAGUCAAUACUUCAACUUCAACGCAACGCAGCACGGGCAACGUUGGUUGAACAAGGAGCUGACCGAGUCCAGCAAUGGCGGCGAGGGCUGCAGGUACCGGCCGGCUGCUCAGAGCAACCACCGCCAAGGACAGCCGUCUGCCAUCGUCGUCCCCGGCGGCCAGCCGGCCGGCGUGCCGCAUCCCGUCUCUCAAGUUCCCGUUCCUGUGGGACACCAAGGCGAGGCAAGGGAAGAUCAGCCGCGCCGCCGAGCAGAGGGCGGCGCUGAUCACCCUGGGAGCAGCCAGCGCCAGCACCACGGAGGAGAAACAACUCCUGCCGGGGGAAGCGAGCAGCGUAGAUCUCCUGCUGCCUCUGGCGUACGAGGUCACCAGGAGGCUGGUGCUCAGGCAGUUCGGGGAGACGUGGCUGGCCCUCACGCGGCGUCGCUGGGCCAAGGUCGCCGAGGCCGUCGUCCACCAGGGCAUCGUCAGAUGCCAAUCGUUCACGCUCAUCGGCGUCGCAGGAUCGCUCCUCGGUUCAGUCCCAUGUUUUCUCGAGGGCUGUGGUAUUGUUGUUGAGUCGUUCUUCUUGCAGUUCCGAGCCAUGUCCCAGACAGUAGAUCCAGCCGAGAUCAUCAAACUGCUCAUCGAAGCAUUAGACAUGUUUCUGAUCGGCACUGCUCUGCUCACGUUUGCCAUGGGGAUGUACGGCAUGUUCUACGGCUCGCAGCGCGUCCAGGAGCCCAUCUACGAGAGGCUGAAGAAAGGGGCGAGGAUCCGGUCCGUCACGCAGGCCAAGUCGAGGUUCGGCCACGCCGUGAUCCUGCUGCUCCAGGCCGGCGUCCUCGAGAAGUUCAAGAGCGUGCCGCUCGUCACCGGCCUCGACAUGGCCUGCUUCGCCGGGGCCGUGCUCGCCUCCUCCGCCGGCGUCUUCCUGCUGUCCAGGCUCUCGGCGCAUCCGCAGCCAUGCAACAAGCAAGCCUCCUUCGCGUGAACGUGUCCGAUGUCACUGCAAAACAUGCAAUAUUCGUUUGUUCUUUCAUUUCAAGUUAGCGAAGCAAGAAAUAGUACUUACUAAUAGAAAAACCAAAACCUGUGAUGCUCUUGUGCCUUUUUCGUCUUUUCCCUCACUGCUCGUAGCGGUUUAAUUUGUAGCUUGAGAGCAAUGUCAAUAAAGAUUCUCGGAGUAGGAAGAAAAGGUACUGCAAAAA